AUGGACUCAUCUAAACUUAAAGAAUAGAAUUAAUAAUAUGAAUCUAAUGAAGAUAUCGAAGUUAUCACUUAAUUCGAAAAGAUGGGCUUGAAAGAAGAGCUCCUUAGAGGUAUCUUAACUUAUGGUUUUGACAAACCAUCAGCUGUUCAACAAAGAGCUAUUAAGCCUAUAAUUAAAGGUCGUGAUGUCAUAGUUCAAAGUCAAGCAGGUACUGGUAAAACUGGUGUCUUUACUAUUGCAGCUCUUCAAAUAGUCGACAAAAACCUCCGUGAACCUUAAGUAAUUGUUUUAUCUCCUACUCGUGAACUUGCUGAGUAAACUCAAAAGGUUUGUUUAGCUCUUGGUGACUACAUGAACAUUUUAGUUCACUGUUGUAUUGGUGGUAAGAGCAUGGAUGAUGAUAUUAAUAGAUUAGAAAAAGGUGUUUAAAUUAUUUCAGGUACUCCUGGUCGUAUUUAUGAUAUGAUUUAGCGCAGACACUUGAAAACUCGUAACGUUAAGAUGCUUGUUUUGGACGAAGCUGAUCAGAUGCUUUCUAUGGGUUUCAAAGAAUAGGUUUAUGAUAUUUAUAGAUAUCUUCCCCACAAAAAUCAAAAUGUAGUUGUCAGUGCAACCUUACCUCAAGAAAUUUUGGAAAUGACUAAUAAAUUUAUGAAUGAUCCUAUCAAAUUCUUAGUCAAGAGAGAUGAGCUUACACUUGAAGGUAUUAAAUAGUUUUUCAUUUUAGUUGAAAAAGAAGAAUGGAAGUUUGAAACAUUAUGUGAUUUAUACAAUACUAUCACAAUCACUCAAGCAGUUAUAUUUUGUAAUACCAUCAAGGCUGUAAAAUGGCUUUCUGGUAAAAUGAGAGAACAAAACUUCUCUCUUUGUUCCAUUCAUGGUGAGUUAAAUCAAAAGGAAAGAGAUAAAAUUAUGCAAGAUUUCCGUAACGGAGAGUAUCGUGUUCUUGUUGCCACAGAUAUCUGGGGUAGAGGUCUUGAUGUUUAAUAAGUUUCUGUUGUUAUCAAUUACGAUCUUCCUACUAAUCGUGAACUUUACAUCCAUAGAAUCGGUCGUUCAGGCCGUUUUGGAAGAAAAGGUGUUGCAAUCAAUUUUGUUAAAAAUGAAGAUGUUAGUGCCUUGAGAGAUAUUGAAUAGUAUUACUCUACUUAAAUUGAUGAAAUGCCUUACAAUGUUAGUGAAUUGAUUUGA